AGCAACAGUGCGGAAGGUCGAGGUUCCCGAGCUCAGCAACAACAGCAGCAGCAACAGCAACAACAGCAGCAGCAACAACACGAGCAGGAGCACCAGGGCCGCCAUCGCGCACGAAGCAGCAACACUCACCACACUGGCACCAGCAGUAGCAGUUUUAUCCGCAUGGUCCUAUCUCAAGUGCAGGACGAUUUGCAGAAAAAUCCAGAACUCAGAAAGGCGGUAGAGGACCUCAAAGCUUCUGCCCUGUCGAGACAGACCCAAAGCGUUGGCUCACGACUGCAGGAUGCCGCCACAGCAGCUGCACAGGCAGCAGCAGCAGCAGCGAGCAGCAGCAAAGAGCAUACGGGGCGUGUGAUGGAGCGCUUCCAGCGGGUGCAGCAGCAAGUCUCGGCAACCCAGCAGCACCUUAGAAGCAAGGCAAUGGAGCAUGAGACCUGCAGGACGCUGGGGAGACACAGCACGAAAGUAUUGAAAGGUGCUGCCGCUGCUGCCUCCGCGUUGCAGCGGCUGGCAGCGAAAGCGGUAAAUGUAUUUCAGGACGAGCCGGUUGCGAAGCAGAAGGCGGCACAGUGGAGGCAACGCAUGGCCAUCCAGCGCUACAAGCAGCAGGAGGAGCAGCGGCAGCAGCAGCAAGCAAUGGAGCAGCAGGACGCCUCAAAACAGCGGGGGCAGCAGGAGCAGCAGCAGGAGCGAGACUCCUUUUCAGAGGUGCCGCAGGAGACAGCCCUAGUGCUGUCCAAUGAAACGGCUUGGGAUCGAUUUGGAUCACGGCUACGCGAUAUGCCCUUCCUCCAAAACUUCUUCGAGAAUCCGUUGGUGGGCCAGCUUUUCAAGGAGACGGAGAUAGCGGCCUCUAUUCGGGAGAUGAAGGCCAUAGAUCCAUCCUUCAGGCUAUCGGAGCUGCAUGAGUUGGUACAGAGCGUCGUGGCGGAACAUAUGGUUAGCGCUUACCUUAUGGGAGACGAAGAAACGCUCAGGCUGCACUGCGGAGACGGGGCCUUUGCGGCCCUUAAAGCCUCAAUAGAUGAGCGGCACCGGCUCCAUCUGCAGCUUGACCCCUCCAUCCUGCUCUUAGGGCAGGUCGAACUCGUGGGGGCUCGCCGUAGCGGCGUGGACUCGGGCGAGAGUCCAUGGUUUGUGUAUACGUUUGAGUGCCAGCAGAUAAACUGCCUUCGCGCAGAAGAAACAGGGAAAGUUGUGCAGGGGGCCCUAGAUGAUAUCCGACGGGUGGUUUACUCAAUAGCCAUCUCCCGGCAUACAGCGCCUGAAACUGCAGGCCUUCUCUACCCGUGGAUGAUUAGAGAAAUUGCCAUUGUAGGGAAUGAGCCUGUGUGGUGA